AUGGCGAGUGGCGGUUAUUUAAAACGAAAACUCAAUGUCCAAGGUCCGCUUCGGACUAUAAGUCGCCAAUCAUUUAAUGCUAAAAAGAGAAAAUUGAUGAUCGAUAAGCUUCCUAAAAAAGAGAUCACCCGUGUAUAUAAAUGUGUGUAUGGCACAAUUUAUGGUCAAGCAAUUGGAGAUGCACUUGGUCUUCUCACAGAGUCAUUUACAAAAUCAGAAGCUAAAAAGAACUAUGGCUGCAUUGAAAAAGAACUUGAAUUAAUUUGCAAACGGAUGGUAACUGACCGACAUAGGCAACAGUGGGAGGUUGGAGACUGGACAGAUGAUACAGACAUGUUGAUUGUCCUUAUUCGGUGUAUAGUAGCCAAUAUGGGUGAGAUUCCUGCUGUUCCUUUUGCCAAAAUGUUGAUGGAAUGGGCAGAAGAAGGUUUCCCAGAAUUAGGAGACAAGGCAGGAAUAGGAAUUGGCUCUCAUUUUAGAUCUGUGAUCCACCAUCCACAAUUUUCAGAACAACCAGAAAAGGCAGCUGAAAUUGUGUGGCGCAAGGGUGGUAAUUAUGUGGCUUGUAACUUGAUUAUGUCCUUUACCCCCAUUCUUGGUAUCCACUAUUAUAAUGCUCUUGGUAAAGUGAUAAAAAAUGCUCUACACCUGUGCGCAAUCUUACAGCCAGAUCCUCGAUGUCAAGCAGCUUGUGUUGCUAUGUCGGUUACUAUUGCAAUGUUAUUACAGCGUGAACCUAAACAUUUGAAAAAAUCUGGUGAAUUUGAUGCCGAGGCAAUAAUUUCGGAUGCCUUUGACUAUGCAUCUAAGUUGCUUUCUACUGAUUCUGAGGUUUUGGAAUUACAAAGACACGUAUUCUGUACGUCUUUGAAACAACUGGAUCUUGAUGAGCCUGGAAGAACCAGAUAUAUUUACAAGACUCUUGGAGUUGGAAUGUGGGCCCUCAGGCAGAAAGAUUAUCGAAAAACUCUACAAGAAGUUGUCAUGCAGGGUGGGGAUGCUGAUGCAAAUACAGCUGCAGCAGGAACAAUUCUUGGUUGUAAGUUGGGUCUAGAUGCCAUUCCCAAGUCAUGGAUUGAAAACCUACUUCACAGACAAUGGUUGGAUGAAGAAUUAGACAAAAGUAAAAAAUUUAAUACUCAACAUACUGUGAACAAAAAUCUUUUUCUUUUCUUCUGUUUGCUUCUCUUUUUCUUCUGUUCCCUUCUUUUUCUUUUUUCUUUCUUUUUCUUUUUUCUUUCUUUUUCUUUUUUCUUUUUCCUUUCUUUUUUCUUUUUCCUUUCUUUUUUCUUUUUCCUUUCUUUUUUCUUUCUUUCUAUCCAGGACAUAUUUGUUUGA